UCUCUCUCUCUCUCUCUCUCUCUCUCUCUCUCUCUCUCUCUCUCUCUCUCUCUCUCUUUCUCAUCAUCCCAACGCCAAUUGAUUUGUGUAUGAAAAGCCGGGCGCUUUCUCGCCCCCUCUCCGGCUGUGCGUUCUGAAGGUUCAGCUGAUGAAGAGACUGACUGCGCGCUGCAAUGCUGGCUUGCUAAUUCUCUCGCCUCCAGACAAGCGGCAGACUGGAGUCCACGGUCAGUCUCAGGCUGUCCAAAAGGGAGUGGCUGAGGAUAUGGAGGAGGAAAGCAGUUUGAAGAAGCGAAAAAGCGAUCACCAGGGCAACCAGGCCCCUGAAGCUGGGCAAGAGACAGUUGAGAAGGUCAAAAGGCGACGGGGUCGCCCCCCAGCUGAGAAAUUACCACCAAACCCGCCAAAACUUACCAAGCAAAUGAACACUCUUGUCGACAUGGUCAUCAACUACAAAGACACAUUGGGCAGGCAGAUCAGUAAAGGUUUUGUGCAGCUGCCUUCCAGAAAAGAGGUACCAGAAUACUACGAGCUUAUUCGCAAGCCUGUUGACUUCCGGAGGAUCAGGGAGCGAGUGCGCAAUCACAAAUACAGGUGCAUUGCUGACUUGGAGAAAGACAUAAUACAGAUGUGCCACAAUGCUCAGACGUACAACCUGGAGGGAUCUCAGAUCUUUGAGGAUUCAAUCGUCCUGAAGUCGGUCUUUGAGAGUGCAAGACAACGGAUAGUAGAAAUCAACCAAGAGGACAACGAUGCUGUCGGAGGCAGUGAGGCAGUUUGUGCCGAUCAUUUAAAUCUACAACUAAAGUCAGAGGCGGCAAAUGCAAAUUUUGAUAAGAGCAGGGAGAGAAGUAGAACCACUCCGGCUAACUCCAGUGCCAAGGUGAAGGCUGUUUACAGUGACGAGGAUAGCACGGAAGACCAGAGAGACAACACAGGCCUGGAGGAUGGCUGAAUCACAUCUACACGCGUACAAACCUUACACCCCUCAACCAUCUUGCUAGCAUUCGGAAAUCGAGCCCAUCCAUCACUUAUGUUUGUGUGAACUGGUCCAGUGCUCCAAAGCUCCCAAAGCUGAUCCCAAUUUAUAGUGGAUGCUACACUAAUAUAUAUAUUCAGAUACUAUUACAAAUUACAACAUAAUAAACCAACUAUAAGCAUUAAUGGAACAAUUAAUUCAGUAUCAGUUUAAAUAUAAUAGUGCAAAAAUGCUUAUAUUGUGUCAAUGAUAAUAAACUAAACAAAUAAACAAACCAUAUCAUUUAAUUUUGCAGUUUCAAAAUGAUGGUGGACCUGUUGAAUUAGAUUAAUGUUUUAAUGACCAAAUUCAAUUACAAUACCAGCCAUUUUAGGACAGUUAUACAUCUGAGAGUAUUCUAAAUGUGAUGUCCCAAGAUUUUACUUCAAAAAAAAAAAAAAAAAGAAAGAAAAAAAAAAGAAAAGAAAAGAAAUUAAAAAAAUAAAAAUCAGAAUCAAAGCAUUUUUUCUGUGCGGAACUCACUCAAGCAAUUUAUAGACAAUGACUGCCUCCACUUAUUUGAGUUGCCCUUAGUUGACUUGUUGGAGUAACUGUACUGAUAAAUGCCAUGUAAACAGACAAGUGAGGAUGGGACAAUCCUAAUGGGACAAGACAAUUACCUUCCAUAAGACAUUUAAGUAAACUAACUUACUGGGUUUUACAGUGUGACCAUUUGAACUGAUACAUUCAUCCCCCUAAUGGUGCAGUUAACAUUCCUCAGCUGUUUUCUCUUUAUCUCUUUAUUUCAGAUAUAACGUUUCUAUUAGUGUGACUGUAAUAACAUGGUUACCUCCCCUUUGUGCAUUUUUAUCCUCUUCUCACAGAUUGCAAUCAUUUUUUGAGAACAGUGUUGAAAACUGAAUCAAAUAGCACCUCAUAUUUAAUCAAUCAGUGUCUUGACUAUAUGAAUAACAAGCUCUGUCUUGUCUUGGAGCAUGAUGUACAUUGCUGUAUGGACAUUGCCCUCAGAGAGAGGCGCCAAAUGAUAACAUUGUCUUGCCUGUUGAGUUUUAAGGGGUUGGGAGAGAUGAUGGCUUUAUAGAUAGAUUUUGAAAUAAUGUUUUUAAGGUUUAUAUGACAUGAAAGUGCAAAGAGGUUUGAUUCAAAUCAUCUUACUUGAUAAUAAAAUUUUUAUAAAUACUCUUGACUAUGCAUCAGAACAACUCAUUUGCUGAUUUAUUUUGGGCUUGCUUUUGUCUUGUUAACUUC